UCGAGUCAUCCUACCUGUGUCUGUAGAAGAGUAUCAAGUAGGGCAGCUGUAUUCUGUGGCUGAGGCCAGCAAAAAUGAAACGGGUGGUGGUGAAGGCGUGGAGGUCCUGGUGAAUGAGCCCUAUGAAAAGGACGGCGAGAAAGGCCAGUACACGCACAAGAUCUACCACUUACAGAGCAAAGUGCCCACGUUUGUUCGAAUGCUGGCCCCGGAGGGAGCCCUGAAUAUACAUGAAAAAGCGUGGAAUGCCUACCCUUAUUGCAGAACAGUUAUUACAAAUGAGUACAUGAAAGAAGACUUUCUGAUUAAAAUUGAAACCUGGCACAAACCAGAUCUUGGCACCCAGGAGAAUGUGCAUAAACUGGAGCCUGAGGCUUGGAAACAUGUGGAAGCCAUAUAUAUAGACAUUGCAGAUCGAAGCCAAGUACUUAGCAAGGAUUACAAGGCAGAGGAAGACCCAGCAAAAUUUAAGUCUAUCAAAACAGGCCGAGGACCCUUGGGUCCCAAUUGGAAGCAAGAACUUGUAAAUCAGAAAGACUGCCCAUACAUGUGUGCAUACAAACUGGUUACUGUCAAGUUCAAGUGGUGGGGCCUGCAGAACAAAGUGGAAAACUUUAUACAUAAGCAAGAGAGGCGUCUGUUUACAAACUUCCACAGGCAGCUGUUCUGUUGGCUUGAUAAGUGGGUUGACCUGACUAUGGAUGACAUUCGAAGGAUGGAAGAAGAGACGAAGAGACAGCUGGAUGAGAUGAGACAAAAGGACCCAGUGAAAGGAAUGACAGCGGAUGACUAAAGCCACUCCUCCCCCUUCUGCACUUUUUGCAAGACAGUGGUCAACAGGAAGGCCCAGCAGCUCCACCCUCCUGAGUGACAGGCCAUCUUCGGACGCAGCCUUUCUGUGCCCAUUCUUCAGGCAACUUUGAUCCCUUACUGUAGUUAAUUCUAGAUGCCCUUUAAUAUUGUGAACAAAUAGACUGUCUGGUAUUACAAAGCCCGUGUGUGCGGGAGCCUGCCCCUCUGAGAUAUGUGGCGUGUAGGUGGCUGUAUUUACAGCUCCUCCCUCUCCAACCAUUGUGUUCUUGACCCAUUUCUGUGUGCCCCCGCCCCCUUUAUUUCCAAGUGACAUUUUUAGUCUUUCAAAAUAGCUGCCUUUUGUGAUGUGGUGAUUUUAAACGAUUUACUUUGUUAGUUUUCAACCUUGGGAUAAACUUGAGGUAUUUUGCUUCCUGGGCAGAUCUUUGCAAUUUUGAGUGCUCACCUGGGGAGAAGGGAUGAGUUAGAAAUACAUAUUUUUUUCCCCUCCAGUUCCACAGAACAGCAAUGUGGCUUCAUAACUCUGACCUCUGCUCCCAGUAACCCACUGUUAGAGUGCUCUAGGCACCAUGGAAGUACCCAAGGCCCAGCCAGCCUGUUUUGAAAAUUAAACAAAUACAAAUAACCCCUGCCCCAGGCAUUGCAUCUCUGGUCACUAGUCUUAGAAAUACCUAUGGUUUCUUGGCCCUCCUGUUGCCCACUCUGUAUCUCCGCAGAGCCCGUAAUGUGCCCGGGUCAACUCUACCUGGAGGGAACUGUCCCAUGUGGCUCUUAGAAUUGAGUCUGCCCCAUACCUACCUACUAGUCUGCCCCCCGAGGAGCUCUGUAUGUCCACGCUCCUCUUCCCUUUUGGGCUGGUGCUGCCACUCAGCAAUAAUCCCCUUUUCUCUGUGCUCUCUUAGGUUCCUGUCCUCUGUCCGAGGCUAGUCAGGACACAAUGGGUCUUGAUCUUUUCAUGCUGCACAAAACAAGCAUGCAAAAAGCUUCUUCCCAGAACAUGUUCCCCCAUGUCUCCAGUUGCUGGAAAGGAAUUUGGGGAUCAAGAACUCAGCUCGUCCUGCCCCCAUGCCGAGUUCUGCCCUGGACAAUCAAAAGCAAGUAGCAAUCGUAGAACAGAGCUCUACCAAAGCUGGCUGGUGAGAAAGUCCAGGCUCCAGGGCAGCAGAAGCUGCCGAGUGCUUCACGGUUCCCUGUGACUUGGCAGAGCCCGAGUAUGCCUUCCCAGUGGGAGAAUCUGAGAUAGCUGUGGUGUCACCUGACAUUUCCCAAACCUUGUGAAGUUUGUUGGCCGAGUGUGCAGUGACUCAAGCCCAUGCUAGCCUGGGUGCAGCUGCUAAUGCGAGACCAAAUCUCUGUUGGGGGAGUGAGAACUAGGAUGGGAUGAUUUGUCCUUAGGUUUUUGUCAGUUUGUUUUGCCUUACUCAUUUCUAAGUGCAAUAAGGGAGUGUCACGCAGGAUGAAACCUGUGACUUCCUGAUGGCUGCUUCCCUGUGGCCCUCCUGGGGUAAGGGUGGACAGACUCAGCGUGGUUAGCUCCCACCUUCACUGAGGCCCCUCUGGGGCCAGGAGAUAUCCUGUCACAGUCUCCUCACCUUGUGGGGUCUGUAGUAGUGGAUCUGGGGCAAUUCAGUUGGUUAUUAGCAUCCCAACUGCUGGUAGCAUUUAUUUGACUGGGAAAGUUGAAGAGACAUUCCUACUGGAGAAAAAUAUAAAUGUUUCCCUACAAGCUCUGUAUUAGCUAUAAUUAUAUUUGUGCUUAAAGCUUUUCCUUCUUACAUUCAUCAACUAAGUGAAGUCCAGAUGUGGGUUAGCCUGGGAGAAACAAACGGUGAUAUUCUAGGCAGACUAUUGUUUAUGUGGUUUGAGGGUCAGCAGUUGUCAGUCUCCUUCCUUCAGCUCUUCUCUGAGAUCCAUACAUAUUACUCCAAUUCUAGGGGCGGGGCUCGCUCCUUGUCGGCCUUUUCUCUGGCUCCUCCCACCUC